CUUGAUUCGACAAAGCUGAAUUCGGACAGAUGAAGGUGUGGACCCCAUUUCAACUCAAGCAUAUUCACAGAACACCAGGAAAGAAGGAAGUGUUCGUAGUUCCUUACACACGUCUCUCAUCUUUCUCGCGCGACUCUUCAACAACCGGCAACACUUGAACUCUCUCUCCAUCUCCGUUAACGUUCUUGUAAAAUCUCUCCAUCAAUCUCUCUACGUACCGUGAGAAUAGUGUCUCAUCUUUCUCUCCGGUAUCGGCAUUUAUUGAGAACAAAUCUUCCUACGUUGAGGUUUCUUACCCUUUUUGUUCUUCAAAAUGCCGCUGCCGUUACCCGGUGAGGAUAGUCAAGCGCAAUUCAUGUUCACGGUAGCUAGGCUCACGCCUGGCAGCAGCCAGCCACGCCGCCUAGAGAACGAUGAACAGGAGAUGUUCAAAUGUAUGCAGCUGUACAAACUCGGGGUGCCUCUCUAUACCCGUGAGGCUAUUCUGAAUGCGUAUAGUCAGCUGAAGGCCAGCAAACGUGGCGAUAGCAUCAAUAUCACAGCCAUAGACGGCACGAGUGUCGACUUUAUCAUCAAUACUGGCAGAUUCUGGAUUGGUGCCGAUGGAUAUGAGCGUGAGCUCAUUCGCGUCGCCCACCGAGUUGCCACGCGCGAUCCGAUCACCAAGGAGAGAUUCGAGUAUCGGGUCACCGCCUUCGAGAAGGUCCGGCUGAACCUCUUCACCACGCUCCACUUCUGGCGGAAUAGCCCCUACUACCAGCUGCUCCGGUACCUGCUGGACAAUUACCCCAAGAUGCCGCGGAUCACCAAGAUCAUUGGGUUCGACUGCGGCAGUAUGUCCCGCGACUUGCAAGGCCAGCCCUCCAACAACUCCCGUGCUCGCUACCAGCAUGCGUUCCUCAUCGCGCUGAAGGAGUACCUUGACGCCCGCAACUUCGAGGCCACGGGACAGGAGGUCCGCGUGUACGUGCAGCAUGAGACGUACCUUGAGCGGGAUAUUGAGGUCAUCCGGCAGUUCGGGGUACAGGUGCUCCAAGAUCCAGAGGGGUUCCUUGUUGUCGAUGAGGAGACCGUGGUGUUCUCAUGCCGACCCGAAUGCCCGGUGAGACAGGUUGUGGCCGACCUGGCGAUGCCGGCAAUGAUGAUCUGGGACCAUGAGAGAGAUCCAACCAAGGUCAACGGGAUGCCUGUACAGCGCAUUUUUGACCCCUGGUCCACUCGCCUGGACACUAUGAUGCGGUUCUACCAUGUGCAGGACUUUGUCAACGAUGAGAUCAAUUUCGAUAAGAUGGAUGUGUGUAUUCGUCGCCCUAUGGCAGAUGUGUAUCACGACUUGAAUGAUCCGGACGCUGGCAGCGACGCGAACAUUGCCCAGCCAGUCGCGUAA